CGACAGGUAGCUGCAGACAGGAAGGCUGAGUUAACGGGUGCACCUCUAUUCAUUCUACAGGAACUAAACAAACUUAAGACACUCUGACGUUUUAAAAUGCGUUAUUUUAUUAUUCUGUGCGUUCACUUGGGGGUUAGCGUUUGCUAGCUAACCGUAUUAUUGUUUGUCUAUCGCUAGUAACGCAGAAGUGACAUGAAUGUCCCACAGCUGGCUAAGUAGAGACAGGGCUAACUCUGUUAGCUAACAUUAGCUCAUUAGCCACACAUCGUCGCCAGCCGCCUGUCUGCUGGAACCGGCGAAGUUGAAGAGGAAACUGCCGCUGCGACUCAUGUGCUAGUUACUGUAAUAGGUUAGCUUCUGACUUGACGCAUUCGGAAUAAAGAUGAUGGCUUGGCUCGGUCCAGGCAGAUAUUUGAAGCGCUGAAGCUCGGGAGAGCUCUGGAGGAGGAGGAGGAGGGCCGGGGGAGAGGAGCCACGGGGGCCGCGGACAGCCGCUGAAAUGAGAUGAGGCUCAGAAAUGGAACUGUUGCCACUGCCCUCAUCUUCUUCACCUCUUUUCUCAGUUUGUCCUGGUACACCGCCUGGCAGAACGGAAAGGAGAAAUUGGUAGCAUAUCAGCGGGAGUUUCAUGCUCUGCGUGAGCGUCUGCGUGCGGCUGAGCACCGAACCCUGCAGCGCUCUUCGGAGCUGAACACUGUCCUGGAACAGUUCCGACGUGCCAUUGCAGAGACCAACGGCAGCAAGGAUGCCCUAACCAACUUCUCAGAUGAGACCCAGAAACUGUUGAAGGACCUAGCACACAGGAAGCCUCUCCAAGUGCCAAAUAUCUUCCACCACUUGCCACACCUGGUAAACAAUGAGGGCGGCCUGCACCCUGCAGUGCAGGUGGGUCAGGGACGCACAGGAGUUUCUGUGGUAAUGGGGAUUCCUACUGUGAAGCGGAAAGUAAAGUCGUACCUAGCAGAAACGUUGCACUCACUCAUCGACAAACUCUCGCCUGAAGAGAAGCUUGACUGUGUAAUCAUAGUCUUCAUAGGGGAGACGGAUAUGGAUCAUGUGCAUAAUGUGGUCUCAGGCCUUGAGAGAGAAUUUUCUACAGAGCUGAAUUCAGGGCUGUUGGAGGUCAUCUCUCCUCCUGUAAGUUACUAUCCAGACCUCGCCAAUCUCAAAGAGACUUUUGGGGACUCCAAAGAGAGAGUGAAAUGGAGGACAAAGCAGAACUUGGACUAUUCAUUCCUCAUGAUGUAUGCAGUCAGCAGAGGAGUUUAUUAUGUCCAGUUAGAAGAUGAUAUUGUGGCAAAGCCAAACUACUUUGCAACUAUGAAGAACUUUGCCCUGCAGCUGGCCUCUGAAGACUGGAUGAUCCUGGAGUUCUCUCAGUUAGGUUUCAUUGGUAAGAUGUUCCAGGCUCCUGAUCUGAAUCUCAUAGUGGAGUUCAUAUUUAUGUUUUACAAGGAGAAGCCUAUCGACUGGCUGUUGGACCACAUUCUCUGGGUGAAAGUGUGCAACCCAGAGAAAGAUGCCAAACACUGUGAGAGACAGAAGUCCAGUCUACGAAUUCGAUUCAGACCAUCUUUAUUCCAGCAUGUGGGCCUUCACUCUUCGCUUGCAGGGAAAAUCCAGAAACUCACGGAUAAGGACUUCUUGAAGCCACUGCUGCAUAAGAUUCAUGUUAAUCCACCAGCAGAAGUGUCCACCUCUCUCAAAGUGUAUCAGGGCCACACGCUGGAGAAGACCUACAUGGGAGAGGAUUUCUUCUGGGCAAUUACCCCCAUGGCAGGAGAUUAUGUGCUCUUUAAGUUUGACCGUCCAGUCAGCAUAGAACGGUUCCUGUUCCGCAGUGGAAAUCAGGAGCAUCCCGGGGAUAAAAUUGCAAACACUUCAGUUGAGAUUCUGCCGUUCUCGGACACAGAGCUGAAGACCAAAGAAAAGUACCAACACACAGAUGACCAUUUUUACAGAAUCGCGGAGUUUGUGAAUGGAGUGGCUGAGGGCAAAGUGGAGGCUGCCCUUAACCCAGUGGCUGCUGUGCGUCUCACUGUCCUGAAGGACUCUGCGGUGUGGGCUAUAAUCAGUGAGAUCCACUUGAAGAGACUUGCUGGGUAGUUGUGUGUAGGCCUCUACUAUUCGUACUCCUAUGAGGCCAAGCUGUGCUGUAAAGGCCCUAGCAGGGAUUUUAAAAUGGUGACAUCAAAGCGCAUGGACGCUACCAAUCAGUGUGUCACUUUAAGGAUUGCUGGCUUACUCUCUCUUCAUCCCUUUGUUUAUGUUCAUAUUUCUCCUGGUAUUUUUUUUUCUUCAGGCAUUUUUACUUUAGACUCUUCUUGCUCUUUCUAUGAAGGAUCUUUUUUUUUCCACCCCCCCCCCCCCCCCCCCAAAAAAGCAACAUUUCCUUUGUGUUUUCUGCUCGUCAAUGUGAAUACUACUGUAUAAAAAGCCGCUUUUUGAAAGAACUAAACCAGACACUGAAGACUGAACCUUGAAAUUGCAUUUAGUGCUAUAUCUAAAAUGGUUGGCGUUUGUAGGGGUAUUGGCUGAUGCUUGAAAGGAGGUGAUUCUUCCCACUGAAGAAUAUUUACCAAUACUGACUCAUGGACACUCCAUUCAAGAUCAGUGAAGGAGUAGGACAAAACAAGGCAAACAUUUUGGUGUAUUUUGUUUUACUUAAUUUUUAAAAUGCUGGUGUAUAUUUUACACAAGUUCUCAGAAAAAAAUGUUUUGUUUUAUUUAAGUUAAUGCAAACUUCUUGAGUUCAACAAACUACAUGGAUAAGGCACCCUGUUGAAACAUUACAUUUAUGUACAAGAAAGUUUGUUGCAAUGACUACUUUGCCAAAAUGCUUUUGAAAUAAAUUUAAGAACAGAAACCAUAGUGCAGUAUACCAGGACAGUCUGCCUACCCUUUUCUCCCUACAGUGUCCUGUUAUAAACCAAUCAACAAUUGCCUUUAAUAGGAAGGGAAGCACUACUUUUAAUCUAUAAAAGUAAUUUAACUUAUUUAAAAUAAAUGUUUAAUUUGUAUAAGAGGGUUUUUUUAAUGCUGUGAAAAGUUUGAUGCAGAAGAGGUAAAUAGUUUGGUAAAUAUUUGAAGGGACUGAAAGUGAGGAAUUGGCCAUGUCUGUUUUUUUUUUUUUUUCUCUAUAUCGUUGCAAUGGAUGCAGGUCCCCCACAUUUGUGCCUUAUUGUCCAGAAAGGGACUGCCUCUGUGUCAGAACCCUUGUUUUAUACAGGAGUAACUCGGGCAAGAAGUUCUCAGUUCAGUCCUUGAAAAUCCUUCCCCCCCCCCCCCCCCCCCCCGCAUACCUAGCCCAUGUAAACGAUGGCCAUUUAUCUGCCACAGAUUUGCAGAGAACUAUAUAGAACAAAGUUUUUAGAUUUACUGAGGAUUCAAAAGGACUAGAAUGGGAAGUUCUCCAUCUUGGUUUUGUUGCCCACUGUUCUGUGCUUAGCACACAGUACUGUACAUAGUCCAUAUGCUACAGUAACUAUCAAAUACAUGAUAUUUUGAUACCUUUUUUUUCCCCAUUUUGGUUCACUGCCAUCUUGUCUGUUUUGAGUAGGGGAAAGCAAAAACCAUAGAAUUGUGAAUUUUUUGUAUCUUUUUGUAAUUCUUGUGAAGACUUUUCGUUAAUCCACUGCUGUGUAUGAACACUGAGUAAUGUAGUGAGAGUAGUAGCACAGUACUUAUGGGAAUUUCUCUGGACAAUGGUUCAGUCUGGUGAAUUCUAUGGUUUUUGGCUUUUUGCUGAAAAAAAUGGCAGGGUGCCUGCUGUACAUAUUUCCCCAAGUUCUCUCGUCUCAUCUGAUUUGUAUAGAUCUUUUUAUAAUUGUUGUAGGAAUAUGAUUUGAGCUAGAGGAAUCCUUUUAGUCAUUUACAGUCAUUUACUGUUAUGCACCAAUGAAAACAUGUAACCAGUAAAUGUCAUGCAUAUCACAUUCACUUACAUAUCAUCUGCUUGGGGUGAAUUGAACAAGUGAAAUCCGCUGGAAAAGUAUCUAUGUAUAUAUUUGUUUACAUGUUUUUAAACAUUUGCUCCUGCUUGGCUCUGGAAACAAAUUCCUAAAUGAGCAUGUGUAACAAAAUAAACACGUGUACUCAGAAACUGUUCUAUGUCUGGAACACUGUCCAGACACGAGAGUAUUCUUUGAGAACAAACUUGACUAGUGAAGGUACCAUAGCAUGAAUGAUAUCUGGCCAGCCAGUUUAGCAUUCCUGCUGUUUUAUCUUACUUGAUGCCAGAAUCCUUGUACAUACUGUAGUUGCAUUUGUAUAGAAUUAAGAUUGAAUUCUCAGGAGGCUGAAUAUUACCCUCUCAACCCUCUGCCACGAUGUCUUUAACCUCCCCAUAUUGGGAUGGGAAAAAAGAUUCCCCUUGUCUGGUGCAUCCCAGCUUUUCAUGUGCCUUCAUAUGUGCAUUGUUUCAAGCUGAAUUCAAGUUAAAUGAUUACAGAAAUAAAUUAAACUUGACACAAUUCAUAGAUUUUUUUUAAACUUCUCUGGGUCAGAGAAGUUACUUAUCUUUUUAUUUAUCCUGUUUUAUUAAUUCUAUAAGCCUAGUUAUUCUGCUUAAUUUAUUUGUCUAUAUCCAUGUAUUUUCUUCAUCUGUUAUCCUGAUUUUUGUGGAUUUGUUGGAUUGUACCUGUUUUAAAUACUUUAAAAAAAAAAAGUUAGGCUACGAUGCAUGGCUGAAUGUAACAUGAAGAGAAAAUUAGCUCUUAUGUCGGUGUUGCAAACUUUGCAGUGUGCCCUCUCUCCGUCAUUCGAUGAAACUAUCCAUAACUUUAAAUCUGGGUCGUUUUCCCACUCCUUUCUGUACUUUUUUUUUUUGUAUUUUGCCCACUUUGGCAUCUUGACUAGCCGUCGUUCACUAACUGCACUCUGUGUGAUGCCCGCGAUCUCUGAUUGGGUCACAGAAGUGUUUAAUUUGGAUUGGAUGUAGACUAGUGGACGUACACUCUAAAAAAUAAUAAUAAUAAUGGGGCCAGUACCUGUUCUUCAGGGCGAUGCCAUAGAAGAACCUUUUUCAGGGCUUCAAAGAACCGUUCAUGCAACAGUUCUUUAAAGAACCAUUUAAACCAUUUGUUUGAGCAGUGAAGACAGAUUUGUGUAAACAUAGCCUAUGUGCAUUGACCAGCAAAUGGUAAGAGAAUGCCAGGCUCUGAAGAACCAUUUCCAAUGUGAAGAACCUUUCACAUAAUGUAAUGGUUCAUCACAGAGUUUUGACUCUCCAUGGAACCAUCCAGAGAUUUGAAGAACCACUGAAGCACUCUUUUUUUUUUUUUUUUUUUUUUUUUUUUAAGAGUGUAGAUAGUACAUAGAAUGUGCUGCGUCAAAGUCCUUCUAAGGCUAUAGAAGUGUCUCUGGCUGCAUUCUCACACAGAACGUUGGUGCGAGAUAUUUUUAUAAACAUCUGAUAAAAACCCGCCGAACUAACGUCAAACCCGCCCAAUUUUUGUCAACCAGCCCAAGCCAUUUUUGCCCGCAAAGUAGAAUUCAAAACCGCCCAAUCUGGCAACACUGCAAUUCGUUUGCACUGAAAACCAACUGUGGUGAAAUUGGGCCCUCUUGUGGUCAGAAGUUAAAUGUGUGCAAUAGGCCUCGGUUUUAUGUUUGUUCCCCAUUUGUUUUCAAAAUAAAAGUAACUCCACAUUGAUCAUCCCUGGAACUGCAGUUCCUUGUGGGCAUGGCUAUACUACA